CAAUACUUCCAGCAGCAAUGAAUAUCCAGGACUUUUUUCAUAAACUGGAAACAGAAAACCGAUGGAAAAAUGACUUUGGUAUGUUACACUUUGAAUCCUAUGAGAUAGCGUCUCGCCUUCAUACAUCAUCAGCUAAAAGUGAGCAGAAUAGGAGCAAAAAUCGAUAUGUUGAUGUUUUACCCUAUGAUGAAACAAGAGUGAGACUGAAAAGUGCAAAUGAUUAUAUCAAUGCCUCUCAUGUUGAGCCUCCUUUUGUGGACCUACAUUACAUCUGUUGCCAGGGUCCUAUGAUGAGCACAAGCAUGGACUUUUGGCAGAUGAUUUGGGAUGAAAAUACAUCAGUAAUAAUAAUGCUCAAUCGAAUAAUUGAGAACAACAGGUUAAAAUGCCAUCCCUACUGGCCAACUGGUGAGGAAGAUGAAGAUGGGGACGUUGACAACAUUUUUACAACCCCUCAAUACUCAGUGACGCUUAUUUCCAAGGAAGAUUACAAUUUUUAUGCUAUCAGCGAAUUGAGCAUAGUUAAACUUGCCACAAAUGAAGAGAGAAAGAUUUUUCACCUCCAUUAUUACGAUUGGCCCGAUUUUGGGGUACCUGAAUCGCCUACAAAGUUUCUUGAAUUCUUGAAACUGGUAAGAUCAUAUUAUAAAGACUGCAAAGGAGCUCCAGUUGUACAUUGUUCAGCAGGAAUUGGAAGGACUGGAACUCUGGUUCUUGUAGACACAAUUUUGACCAUAACAGAGGAAAAGAGGACUCAAAACAUUGACAUUUACUCAAUCCUCAUCAGUAUUCGGCAACAUAGGCUUGGUCUUGUUCAAACUCCUGACCAACUUCGGUUCUGCUUUAUAGCAAUUCUCACUGGAAUGCAAAAUAUAGAUACGUCAGAUUUUACGAAUGAAAGGAUCUCAGCAGAGAUAGACAUUGAUGUAGAGAGCUCCGAGGGAAGUGUCCAUUAUAUGGACUCGGACGACUCUGAGCUUGAAACUGAUGAGGAAGAUGAUUACAUGGUAGAUGGUGAUGGUUCAGUUGAUGGGUCAGUUGAGGACGAGGUCGAGGAUGAGGAUGAUAUUCUCAUCAAUGAAGCUGACAUUGCGGUGUUAAGCAAAGGCAGCGAUAAGGAGUCUGACAGGGAGGACGAGGUAGUCUCCCCAAGCAGUAUUGAUUUUCUUCCCAAAUCUGCCGAGCUCAUGACUCCUGAUGAAUCUGUUGAAGCUAUUUCCGAGUCAGCCUCACCACUGUCUGAUCUACAAGCUAACUCCGACUCAUCUCCCGAAAUUCCAGAGGUUAGUGCGAUGGAAGUAGACAAAGAAUUUUCUACAACUGAAAAGGAAGAGGAAAGAAAGACGCGGAAUGCUAAAACUGCCGAUCUUGUUUCUAAUAUGAAAGAAAAGUUAAAAGCACACGAUGAUUCAACGGUCAAAAAGCAAUAUAUCUGGGAUAAUUUCGGCAAACCGCUGUUGUUUGGUUCAGCAGCAGCCGUCGGGCUUUCUAUUUUGAUCUACCUGGUGCGGUAGUUAAUGUAAGACACAAUGCUGUUAGCAGGCUUCCAUUCUAAUGCUAUCUUACGUUAAUUUACGUGUUCUAAUGGGAGAUCAACGACUAUUUUCAAGACUCAGAUUCAUAAUAUUCGAGCACAAGCAAUGACUGGUUUCAAAUAAUGAUUACAACAGACAAUGGACUUGUACUUCCUCCUUGGUGGAGAAAUUAGCACUAAUUUUGUCGAAAUAAUGUUGCGGCAGCUAUUGUACAGAAAAUAUGCGGUGCGUGCAGGAUUUGGUCAGAAGUGAACGUUUUCUGCCAUAUCUGUCUUGCUAUGGGGUUUGCUGGAAUUUGGGCUACUUACCAAAGAGCGUGACACAUGUCUCCCAGUGUUAUUAUAUUUUUGUGCUUAUAUGAUUGAUGUUGCCUUGUUCGGAGAUGAGGUCCGCAUUCCGCAAUAUCAUUACAUUUUAUACGGACAUGGUAUGUUAUUUAAAGGGUUGAACGAAUUGUAGUGACGCUUAAUCGUUGUAUUUUAAAGGGUUAACUAAUUUCCUGUUCAAUAAUCAGUUACAAAUUGGUGUGUUAUUGAUGAUGUAACGGGUUGAGCCAGAGUUAACAUCCAGAUAUGGUCCCUCAUACAAUAAAGUAAAAGUAGGUCACGUGUUAAUUAAUUAGUAAUUACUGUUAAUUAGUAAUUACUGUUAAAAGCUGGAUCAUUCUCACCUUGAUAAUGCAAAGUGUCAAAAGUAUGUUCAUUCUGGCCCAUACCCUGUAUAUUUUACAUGUUUUGCUAUGAAUUAUUAGAACUAGAAUUAGAAGCAAGAGAUAUAAUACUGAUACAAAAUAUUCAAUAAGAAUCUGUCUUGACAUGUUAAUUGUGUUGAACACGAUCAUUGGUAUAUAUAACAAUGUAAUAACAUGUUAUUAUAUUAUAACAUGUUAUUAUAUUAUAACAUGUUGUGAAUCAUUUGUAAGACCACAUGUCUAACAGCUCAGACGAAAUGAAUUGUUUUUAUGAUUAUAUGCAGUAUGUGGUUCGUUAAAUGCAACUUGUAUUCUGAUAUUUACACAUAUAUAUAUAAUGAAGAAUAUGAAGAGCUCUGUUGAAAUAUGUGAGCCAGUAACUUUUACUAUUUUAGACUCAGACUAUGCCUAAUAAUAACUAAUUAACAGUUAUACGAGAAGUGUACACGGUUUUGAAGUUUGGCGCCGUGUUUUAUACAUAAACCACGCAGUGUUUGCAUUGAUCUAUACUCUGCUGACAAACUUUAUAACUUAGAUUGUAUCUGUGUCAUUGUAUAAGUUUGUCUGGUCCAAUGUGUGUUGCUAAUUGUUGUUUGGAAUAUUGAACACUUCUCCUCAUCCUGCUUAUAUCUACAUAAACUCUCUCUCAUUUCUCAGCAGCGAU